GAAACAAGUACAAUUGGUUGACAAGAACCUUCCAGUAAGAUAUAUGAACUUUUUAUACUAUUAAAUGUAUGUUCUUAGUCGUUAGUCGUUAUGAUAGAUAUGUCAAUUCUAUAAGAUUUGUUUUAUUAUCUAAUAAGGAACAUUUUUAAUGAUAUAUUAGAAUUCAUAUAAUAAUAUUGAAUGUUUUGUAUGCAAAUCAGGAAUCUAGAUAUUUUAUCAUUCAUUACUUAUCGCCAUUGUUAUCUCAUAUCUGUAUAUAAUCACCAGAGAAUAAACACUCAGAAUCCCAUAUCGGUUCUUGCAUUGUCACCUAUUGCACUUGGUUUCUCUCCCUUACUCAAAAACCCUUAUCGGAAUAUCCUCUCCGGUCGGUUUUUCCGGCAGUACGAUGAGGGUAAGUGUCUUAUUUUUUCAUUCUUAUUGAAACAACUUUCUUGUAAAACAAGAAACAUUUCUAUCCAUUCCUGGAAAAAAAAAUUAUUAGUUAAAUCUAUAAUUGUUUUCAAAUACCAUAUGGUUGUUUAUUCAGCAAAGGAUAGUUCUGAAGAUGGAUAUGAGCGAGAGUGAGAAAUCAAUCAAGAAAGCUAUGAAAAUUGCAUCUGGAGCUUCUGGUAAAAACAUCUCUAUGACUUCUUUUGCAAAUAACUUGCACGCCAAGUUAGGUAAUUUGAAAAACGUUUCAGCAACUUUGUUUGUUUUCGCGCGUGCAGGUGUGAGAUCUGUCUCGAUUCAGGGACAGAACGAUCAGCUGGUUAUAGUGGGAGAAGGGAUUGAUACGGCAGAGCUAACUCGUGAACUCCGCAAGAAAGUUUGUCACACGACCAUUGUCACAGUUCAGGCCGCACCACCGCCGCCGCCGCCUCCUCAGCAGCAGCAGAAGCAGCCAGUGCAGCCGUAUCUUAUGGAACAUAACAAUGAGAUGGCUCCGGCGAGAAGAUGCAUAUGCGAGAUACCGAAUUCGGGUUACUGUGGAUUUUGUAGAUCUAUGCGUGAAACUCCUUACCAGAUGGUAGCUUCGUCGUAUCCACCUCCGGUGAUGUACGGUGGUUACCGAGAAGAUCCUGAUAAUUGCAGAAUCAUGUGAUGCACGAAUUUUUCAACUCUUGAGUGAUUUUUGUUUCGGUUUUAUCUUUUAUUUUAAAGAAAGAUUAGAAAUUUCCAAAUUCGUGAUGCUGUAAUUUUUGUGACUUGUGACAGUGGACUCUCAAAAAAAGAUUUAC